AAAGCGGCCGUGAGCACACGUGUGGGAAAUUGCUGUCUGGGGUAGUCUUCGGUUUAGGAGAGGGUUGCUCUCGAAACACUACAUUUCCCAGUGUUCACUGUCCAAUUUUACGUCCUUAAAAUGAAAAAAGAUGGCGGCGAACAGUACCUCAAACACGGACGAAAAUAUUCCCGUUUUUGAAUAUAACGACAUAAAUACCAAACCAUUCCACGUCGGAUCAUUUAGGACCGCAUGGCUGGAGAAACUACAGCCAGUUGACUAUUCUUACGAGGAAAAGGAUGAAGAAACUCGAGAUGCCGAGUUUGUUAACGAGAUGGGAAUCGCAGCAGACACGUUAGAUGAGUUGAAAGGUAUCUGCAGCAUCAAUGCUCUUCACUGUCACCCAGAAGAUGAGCCUCCUGACACCAAGUUGGUGCCCCCCGACCCAACUCUUCAAACACUCAUACAGAGGAAGAAGAAACAGGACUACAAAGGCACGCUGAGGAUCGAUAAGAUCAGCAGGGUUGACCACUACCAAAACGAAUUGGAGAGCCUGGCAGUUGGUAAAAGACCUGAUAACCCCAGUGACUUGGUGCCAGAAGGAGAGAUCAUUCUCAGCAUCAACGUUCUCUAUCCAGCGAUAUUCGAGAGAUUUAAAUAUGUGAGGCCUCACAUGACUCUUCACAUGCUGGGCUCCCAUAGCCUGGUGGACCUCAGGGACGCCAUCUGCUGUAUCAGUGACCUGCAGGUCUUCGGAGAGUUCAGCAACACACCCGACAUGGCACCGGACUUCCUCAGCAAGGAUCACUUCAAAUCGGCCUUCUUCUACUUCGAAGGGGUCUUCUACAAUGACAUGCGUUACCCUGAGUGUCAAGACAUAAGCGAGACCAGCAUCGAGUGGGCGAAGACCAGAGACUUUCCCCCGUUUGCCAAGGCGAAAAUGGAGGACACCUGUUUCUACGAUCUGACACUGAAGGUCGGUUACCCUUACCUGUUCUGUCACCAGGGAGACUGCGAGCACGUCGUCAUAGUCACCGACAUCAGACUGGCCCACAGGGAUGACUGCCUGGACAGGAAACUGUAUCCUCUCCUUACCCACAAGCACCGGGUCCUGACCAGGAAGUGCGCCGUCUGUCACGUCUACAUCGGCAGGUGGUUAACCACAAAUGACCCAUUUGCACCAAAUGAUCCGUGCCUGUUCUGUGAGCGGUGCUUCCGCAUGCUGCAUUAUGACCAGGCAGGCAACAAACUUGGACAUUUCAUGGCCUACCCGUAUGUGGACCCCGGUGCCUUCAACUGAAACCUGCCUGUCCAUGUAAACAUCAGGGUUACCCAGGCAACUGCUGUGCAGUAUUGAUGGGGGGGGGGGCUAUUUCUGUUGGAAUAAAUGCACUUUACACAAGG